AUGUUUCUCUCUACUGUUGUAGGAUGCUUGAAUGAAAACACUACAUACAAAAAAUUUAAAUCACUGCUGGCUCGCUCGAAAGGGAUAUUGGUUGAAGCUGAGCUAGGAAGGUUGUCUGGGACGGAAGAUGAUUUGACUGUGGAAGAAUAUGAAGCAAAGCUAACAGAUGUUAAGAUGGCAGAAAAAUUCAUCGAUGAGACCGGCAUAGAUGCUUUGGCAGUGUGUAUUAGAAAUGUGCAUGGAAAAUACCCUGCAAGUGGUCCAAAUCUUAAAUUUCAUUUAUUGAAGGAACUGCAUGCAUUGAGCUGGAAGAACAGAGUAUUCGUUGUGCUUCAUGGAGCAUCCGACUUAUUCGAAGAACUUGUUAAGGUACUCAUAAACCUUGGUGUUAGAAAGUUUAAUGUUAAUACUGAAGUAAGGAAGGCUUACAUGGAUUCCCUCGUUAUUCCAAAGAAAGAUCUAGUUCAUGCUAUGGCUUUUGCAAAGGAAUCCAUGAAAGCUGUGGUUGCAAAAAAGAUGCAUCUCUUUGGUUCAGCAAGAAAGGCAUGA